UUCACACUUCCCCCUAAAAAAUUGAUUUUUUUCUCCAUCCCCUCUCCCCGAGAAGAAGAAUUCGAAAGAGGAAAGAAAUCCUUUAACUUUGAAUUUUGAUCAGUUCGCGGAUCUUGUUAGCUCAUCAAAAUCACGCUUGUUUGUGCUUCUUCAGUGUCGCGUGAAAAGUUUUCUGGAAAUGGAAGAGGACAAUGCUCUAGAGCUUCUGCAAAGAUACAGGCGUGAUCGGCGUGUGCUUCUUAGUUUCAUAUUGUCUGGUAGUCUGGUGAAAAAAGUGAUUUUGCCACCGGGUGCUGUUUCUUUGGAGGAUGUUGAUAUUGAUCAAGUCAGUAUUGAUUAUGUUCUCAACUGUGUAAAAAAAGGUGAAAUGCUUGAUCUUUCGGAGGCCAUUAGACUUUAUCAUGAUAGCCUGGACUAUCCUUCAAUGGUCAUUGCUGUGACUGAAAGUUGCCCUAGUAAUAAAGGUCUUGGCCAGUGUUGCUGGACAAUUCAUGUUUUGAUGAUUCUCCUAUUCAUCAUGCUCUUCGAUCAGAGUAAUACAGGUCUCUGGGGAGACUUUUUUUUGGUGACAAGGCCUGAAACUUCAGGGUUGGCACCUUCUAGGGCACCACCACCUGUUCCGAUUUCGACUAUGUCACCCAUUAUAUCUAAUUUGUCUAGAUCAGAGUCUCUGCACUCUCCACCUCAUCAGGAAUUAACUGUGGAUGAUAUUGAAGAUUUUGAGGAUGACGAGGAAGAUGAUGAAGCAGUUAGUAGCUUGAGGAGUUCAAGACAACAGUCAAGUGAAGCUGCUGAACUGUCCUUGCUUUUGCCUUUGUUUUCAACAGGUGUUACAGAUGAUGAUCUUCGUGAAACAGCUUAUGAAAUUCUUGUGGCUUGUGCGGGAGCUGCAGGAGGUCUUAUAGUGCCAUCUAAAGAAAAGAAGAAGGAAAGGAGAUCUAGAUUGAUGAGGAAACUUGCACGUGUUAAAGGUGAAAAUGCAACAUCCUCAUCUGGGCAUGUCUCUGGAAUGAUUGGUUUGCUGGAGACAAUGCGCGCUCAGCUAGAGAUAUCAGAGUCAAUGGAUAUUAGGACAAGGCAAGGUUUACUUAAUGCUCUUGUAGGUCGAGUGGGAAAAAGGAUGGAUAACCUCUUGGUUCCAUUAGAACUGCUAUGUUGUGUUGCUCGAACAGAAUUUUCUGACAAAAAAGCAUAUAUUAGGUGGCAAAAGAGGCAGCUGAAUCUACUGGAAGAAGGUCUUAUUAAUCAUCCUGUGUCUGGAUUUGCUGAAUUGGGACAAAAAUCUAAUGAGUUCAGAAAUCUUUUACGAAAGAUUGAGGAAUCUGAGUCUCUUCCACCGGCAGCUUGUGAAAUGCAACGGACUGAAUGCCUUAGAUCACUCAGAGAACUUGCUGCUGCACUUGCUGAGAGGCCAGCUCGUGGUGAUCUGACUGGUGAAGUAUGCCACUGGGCUGAUGGUUAUCACCUUAACAUCAGACUCUACGAGAAAAUGCUUUGGAGUGUAUUUGAUGUCCUGGAUGAGGGAAAACUUACGGAGGAAGUGGAAGAGAUUCUUGAACUACUUAGGUCAACCUGGCGUAUAUUGGGAGUUACAGAAACCAUCCAUGAUACAUGCUAUUCAUGGGUAUUGUUUCGUCAGUUUGUUAUCACAGGCGAACAUAAUCUCAUCCAAUAUGCAAUUGAACACCUAAGGAAAAUACCCCUCAAGGAACAACGUGGUCCACAAGAGAACUUACAUUUGAAAGGACUACGAUGCACUGUGGAAAGUGAAGGAAGGUCUCAAUCACUUACAUUCUUGCAAUCUUUUCUUAUGCCCAUCCAGAAAUGGGCUGAUAAGAAGCUGAGGGACUAUCACCUGCACUUCUCAGAGGGUUCAACAAUGGUGGGUGAGAUAGUGACUGUGGCAAUGAUUACUAGGAGGCUUUUACUUGAAGAAUCUGAGAAAGCUACAUUCCUUACGGAUGAAGACCAGAUCGAAGCUUAUGUAUCAUCUUCUAUUAAAAGUGCUUUUGCAAGGAUCAUGCAUGCAACUGAUGCUAAGUCAGAGUCAACACAUGAGCACAUGUUAGCAUUGUUAGCAGAAGAGACAAAGAAGCUUCUAAAGAAAGACUCAACCAUUUUCUUGCCUAUUCUAUCAAAGUGGCAUUCACAAGCAGCUGUUACUUCUUCUUCACUUUUGCAUAAACUUUAUGGGAACAAGUUGAGACCAUUCCUUGAUCAUGCUGAACAUCUUACUGAGGAUGUGGUAUCUGUGUUUCCAGCUGCUGAUAGUCUUGAACAAUACAUAUUUGCAGUAAUUGCAAAUGCAUGUGGAGAGGAUGUUCUGGAUGAUUACUGUAGAGGAAAAAUAACAUCAUACCAGGUUGAAAAUAAAUCUGGUGAAUUAGUUAUACGUUGGGUUAAUGCUCAAUUAAGAAGAAUCGAAGACUGGGUUAAACGGACUAUUCAACAAGAGACUUGGGAUGCUAUAUCGCCUCAGCAACGACACGGAGUUUCAAUUGUUGAAGUUUAUAGGAUCAUAGAAGAGACGGUUGAUCAAUUUUUUGCCCUUAGAGUGCCAAUGAGGGUUGGAGAACUACAAUGGCUCCAUCAAGGCUUGGAUAAAGCAUUCCAAGUUUAUACUCUGGGUGUUGUUGCCAAAAUAGUUAGCAAAGAAGAUCUGAUACCACCUGUACCUCCUCUCACUCGUUAUAGAAAGGAAGUUGGAAUCAGGGCUUUUGUAGCAGAUCUCAGAUCAACUGAGGAGAGGAGAUCUCAUCAAGCAGUGGAUCUUAGAUUGAGUGAUGAACGAUUUCAUCAAAUUGAUGCGCUUUCUACUCAAAGCCUUUGUGUGCGCUUAAACACACUAUAUUAUGCCAUUACUCAUCUAAGUAAGCUGGAAGACAGCAUUCAUGAGCGAUGGAUAAGGAAAAAACAUGAGAAUUCCAACAUUAAUCGGUCAAUGAAUGGAAAAUCGAGAAGUAAUGUUGCACAGCAGAAGAUUGCAUUUGAUGGUAGUAGAAAAGAUAUAAAUGCUGCCAUUGAUAGAAUCUGCGAAUUUACAGGUACAAAAAUCAUCUUCUGGGAUCUAAGGGGGCCAAUUAUAGACAAUCUCUACAAGCCUAAUGUUUCUGAAUCUCGGUUGGAGGUGCUUAUGGAUGCUUUUGAUGAGGUGCUGAAUGUUCUUUGCGGUGUCAUUGUUGAACCACUCAGAGACCGCAUUGUGACAGGCCUCCUUCAAGCAUCAGUGGAUGGCCUAUUGCGUGUUAUAUUAGAUGGAGGUCCUUCACGGGUCUUCACCCCUAAUGAUGCCAAACUACUAGAAGAAGAUCUUGAAAUAUUAAAGGAAUUCUUUAUUUCAGGUGGAGAUGGUUUGCCCCGAGGAACUGUGGAGAAUUCAGUGGCACAUGUUCGUCCUGUAAUAAACCUGCAUAGCUUUGAGACUCGAGUAUUAGUCGAUGACUUGAGAGCUGUAACUCAAGGAAGUAAGAGCAGAUUCGGAGCUGAUUCUAAAACUCUACUGAGAAUUUUGUGCCAUAGAGCUGAUUCAGAGGCUUCUCAGUUCCUUAAGAAGCAGUUCAAGAUUCCCAAGUCAGCUGGUUGAAAGAGGGAGAUUUUAUUUAUUUAUUUAUUUAUUGAAGUUUUGUUAUGUAUAUUGUACACCUUUUGUAUUAUUAUGUAUCAUAUCCAUUCUUUGUUAUCCCCUAUUAUCUACAUUUAUUGUUUGGAAAUACUGAUUGUUUAUGAACAGUAUGUUUGACUCUUUAAGUUUGGUUUUAAAUUUUUAAGUA